AUGGCUCUAACAAGCCAUUUUGAGAAUGUCCCUGUGGUCGAUAGGAAGAGGAAGAGGGGCGGCCUAAUGAAGGAGGAGAUCAGUGUCUUCACCAGCAUGACUGAGGCCGUGAAGGAGGUGGCAACCGCCAUUAGGGAGAGCAAGUCCAUCGACGUCCACGCUGACCUGGACAACGCCGUCAUGGAGCAAGGUGGAUUCUGCGAUGAGGCUCUCAUGGCAGCUUUGAGCCACCUGCUGGACAACAAGAUGCAGAUUUGCGAGUGGAUGAGGACGCAGCCGGAGAUCAGGCUGCUGCCGGGGGACCACGCCGUCCACCUCGACCUCGUCGCCAAGGUGCGGGGCCUGGCCAGCGCCGAAAAGUUCUUCGAGGACGUCCCCGAGCGGGCCAAGGGGCCGUCCACCUGCAACUCCCUCCUGCACGCCUACGUGCAGCACGGCGCCCGGGACAAGGCCGAGGCCAUGCUCAAGGAGAUGGCUGGCGCAGGGUACCUCACCUGCGCACUCCCAUUCAACCACAUGAUGUCGCUCUACAUGUCGACCGGCGAGCUGGAGAAGGUGCCCGAGAUGAUCAAGGAGCUCAGGAGGUACACCAUCCCAGACCUGGUCACGUACAACAUAUGGCUCACCUACUGCUCCAGGAACAACAGCGUGAAAAGCGCGGAGAAGGUCUUUGAUCUCAUGAAAGAUGACAGGGUGGUCCCUGACUGGAUGACCUUCAGCCUGCUGGCCAGCAUUUACAUCAAUGCCGGUCUUCAUGUCAAAGGCCGGGAUGCGCUUGUGGAGAUGGAGAAGAGGGCCUCCAGGAAGGAGCGAGCCGCCUACUCAUCACUACUCACCAUGUACGCAAGCCUGUCAGAUAGAGGUAACUUGGACAGGGUGUGGAGCAAGAUGAGACAAACCUUCAGGAAGUUCAGUGACGCCGAGUACAAGUGCAUGCUUACUUCGCUUACAAGGUUUGGCGAUAUUGCAGCAGCAGAGUGCGUUUACGGCGAAUGGGAGUCAGAGUCAGGAACAAAAGAUUCAAGGAUCCCAAACACCAUCCUUUCAUUUUACAUCAAGAAUGGCAACAUGGAGAAGGCAGAGAGUUUUCUUCAAUACAUUGUGCAGAAAGGAGUCAAGCCCAGCUAUAGCACUUGGGAGUUAUUCGUUUGGGGUUACCUUGGCAACGACGAGAGGACGGCCAAAGUUAUGGAAUGCCUUAAGAAAGCAUUGUCAAGCUUGGAGAAAUGGGAGCCAAACCCGCAACUCGUCGCGGCUCUUUUUUCGCAGAUUGAGAAGAGAGGUGACAUUGAAGCUGCAGAGGAGCUCCUCGUUGUGCUUAGAGAUGCAGGCUAUGUCACAACUGAGAUAUAUAACUCAGUCCUGCGCACGUACGCUAAAGCUGAAAUGAUGCCUCUGAUAAUUGAUGAACGAAUGGACGAGGAUAAGGUCUCAAUGGAUGACGAAACUAGGAGAUUGUUGAAAUCGACUAGCAAGUACCCAAUUGGUGAAGUUUCAACAAUAAUGUCUUGA